GUGUUGGAGAACCCUCUGGUCCUUGCCUGGAAGCAGGCAGACAAAUGGCAUCGGUCCCGUGUCAAGGAGGCGUUGCCACUGCCGCUUAUUGUCGUCCAGAGGCUUGAAGCAGCCGUUCUUGGUGAGCCUGGUGAAGACCGAUUGUUACUUUGUGCCAUAUUGGCCAUGGUCUGGGGCAGUCUACGCUGGUCCGAUGUCCAGCGCAUGGCUCUAGACUCAGUUGUGUUGGAUGGUGGUGCACUAAUGGGCUGGUGCUGGCGAACCAAGUCCAGCGCGUCUCACUGUGUGCAGCGCUACGGCAGAGACGACGUGACACCGCAGCUGCGUACCGCACAUGUCGAUGAGGCCUUGUUUACCGCGUCAGUUGUCCUAGAGACAGCUGAUUGCCAUGAUGUUUCGACAGAUGAAGAGUCGUCCUCGGACGACGAGACGUGUCUGGACGGCAUCAUUCACGACCUGGAUUCGGACCGGGAUUCCGAAUCUGCUGCCUCCAGCGAUCCUGGGGAACAGCAAGAGGAUGAGGAUGUUCAGGUGCCCCUACAAGAGCUAGAGGCUUUCGCAGGGCCGUGGAUUCUCAACACGGUCACAGGUUGCGUGCACAAGGCGCUGUGGAGUGCAGAACGCGAUUGUUGGACACUGGCGUGCAGACCCGCUUCGACCAUGUGCAGCCAUUACGAGCAAUGGAAAGUUAACCCGUGCUUUCACGGCUUUACGGCGUGCAGCCAUUCUGGUUGUUUGGCAGUGGGCCCGAGUGCCUGA